GUAAAUCGAUUGAUCUGAAUAUGGCUUCAUCGACAGAGAAUCCGAGAAGCUUGGAAACUCGGAAAGAACAAAAUUUUUCUCCGAGCAUGCAUUCUCUACGAAUAUGACCAAGGGAAAUCAGUUUAUGAAUCGUAUUUGUCGUUUUGCGAUGCUGUAGGAGACGAUUUCAUGGAAUAUCGAGAAUUCGAUUUCUGGUACUACAAGCUCGGAAAAGAAGGAAUCGAAUUGGAUAGUGAUUUGGAAUGGGACCCAGAAACAAUUUCGCUGUCGGACAUGCCAAUGGAACUCACAGCUAAUAUCGUGGAAUUUUUAGAUUCUUCUGCCAGAGUCUCCGCACGCGCAGUUUCCCGAAACAUUCGUAAUAUCGUUGAUAGGAAAGGUCCGGUGUUUAAACAUGCCAAACUUUUGAUAUCACCUACAGAAUGCUCCAUGAACUUCCAAUCCGAGCUGAGUAAACGGCUUAUUCGUGCAACGUUUCCAUCUGAAACCUCAACUCCCGAUGAGUUUGCUGAAAUCGAGAAGGCGAACAACAUUGCAUUUGAUGAAAUGGCACAAAUUAUCAGAAAUCCGAAACUGGAGUUGGAGGAGCUUCAAAUUGAGACAAAGAUACAAGAUGAGCAGCAUGGCAGAGCAAACAUAGCUGAAGUUCUCACUCGCGUUUUCAAACCGAUUUCUCCUGUGACUGUCAAAGAAAUUGAGACUUCCGAUCUGACAUUUCCGGAAGUUGAACGUAUUUUGUCUCAUGUGGAACCAGGAAGACUUGAAACAAUUCAUUUUAUCGAUCCUUCAUUUGAUAAUAGUAAUUCUGAAUUGUUUGAUGCUUUCAUUCAAUCAGAACACGUCAGAAAAGCAAAGGAGCUUCAUAUCACAAAUAUAGUAGCAUAUUCUUUUCCAAUUCAAAAACUCUUCCAUCUCGAGAGACUCUACGUUACAAUCGGCGUCUUCUCCGCACAUGAUGCCAUUAACAUCCGAGAUGUUCUUCUACAAUCAGUUAACUUCCAAUGUUUUCAUUUUUAUGUUGAAAAAGCCGGAUUUGAUGUCGUCGAAAUUGUGAGAUUGUUUGACCCGAGCUAUUCCGGCGAUUCAGACGGAACAAUCAUCUAUCGCGCAUACAACUUAGUUUUCAACAUUCAUUUCUCCAGGCAUCGUUUGCGCUUUGAGAAGCGUGUCACAAACAGUUAUUAUUGAUUUUUCUAUUUUGUUUUUGUUACACCAUGAAUGAUUAUUAAA